GAGGCCCGAAAAGCUGCUAAUGAUACCACAUUGGCGAGCGUUGCCUCGAACCUCGAGCCCAUUGGACGGAUUCAGAUGAGGACUCGACGGACACUUCGAGGGCAUUUAGCUAAGAUUUAUGCAAUGCAUUGGGCUUCGGAUAGCAGAAAUCUUGUAUCUGCCUCCCAGGAUGGUAAACUCAUUGUUUGGGAUUCAUACACAACAAACAAGGUCCAUGCAAUUCCUCUGCGUUCAUCCUGGGUUAUGACGUGUGCCUAUGCUCCUUCUGGUAGUUUCGUAGCAUGUGGAGGAUUGGACAACAUUUGCUCUAUUUAUUCACUCAAAACUAGGGAGGGAAAUGUGCGAGUGUCGCGCGAACUGCCUGGCCAUACGGGAUAUCUGUCAUGCUGCCGAUUCCUGGAUGAUAACCAGAUUGUCACGUCUUCUGGAGAUAUGACAUGUGCUCUAUGGGAUAUUGAGACCGGUCAACAAUGUACUGCAUUUACUGGUCACACUGGAGAUGUUAUGUCGUUAAGUCUUGCUCCUGACAUGCGUACAUUCAUAUCAGGUGCCUGUGAUGCGAGUGCUAAAUUAUGGGACAUCCGAGAUGGUAUGUGCAAGCAAACGUUCCCUGGUCACGAAUCGGAUAUCAAUGCUGUUGCUUUCUUCCCUUCUGGUUAUGCCUUUGCUACUGGAUCAGAUGACGCCACUUGCCGUCUCUUUGAUAUUCGUGCAGAUCAGGAACUGGCCAUGUAUUCUCACGACAAUAUUAUUUGCGGUAUUACUAGCGUAGCUUUCUCAAAAUCUGGUCGACUGUUAUUCGCAGGAUAUGACGAUUUUAAUUGCAAUGUUUGGGAUUCGAUGAGGCAAGAACGAGCAGGCCCUCAGGAAAUUGCCAGCGCUUUGUCGGCUCGCAUCGUAUUGAUUUUUCAUGGAAGAAAUAAUUAA